AUGGCAUUCCCGCUUCGAGAUAUUGUGGAAGAGUUUCGGGCCGCUAAGCGGGCAAGGAGGACCCCUCCAGUACAGACAGGCCAGACGCCCAAAUCAAACACAAUCGCAGCAGUGCCCGCAUCAGCCCCGACGGUGAAUUCCGGUCUAGCCGCGGCUACAGCUGAUGCAUCUGUGGCGCUGACUACCGGUACUGUGGCUCUUGCAGAUGAUGGUCCUAUAGCGCCCAUAGACUUGGCUAAUACGGGGAGGGUACCCACACCUCAGGUCGCGUCAUCAUUCCUCGCUGGCAACGGUUUACAAACCGCCGCCCUGGAAGGCCUCCAGCCAUUGAAUGGGCCCAUCAGCAUUCCGCAGGUAUCGGUCGCGAACGGUGAACAAGGUGCAGUUGUAUGUUCUGCAAUCUUGAUCAUCCUUGUAGGUCUUGCGUUAGCCAAAGAAGUUCUAUCCCAUACCCCGGGCCCCGACCUGUCCGUGACGCAGCUCACCUCGCGCGGACAAGGUUUCCACUCGUCCGGGGUCGUUCCUUUACUCGCCCUUACCUCGGGUCCAAGUUCUCCCCCCGUUACUAACAACGAUUCGUGCCCCGUCCGUCGUCUUAAGUACCCCGGCUACAGCCCCAUAAACACAUCAAAUUUAGACGCAUUUUUACAGCGAUAUCCCGAUAAGGUCCAUGCAACAUUGUUAAGGAAUGGUUUCCGAUUUGGUUUUAGUUUAGGAUUUGAAGGGUCGCGCGAACCCAUCGAUGCAAAAAAUUUGCGAUCGGCUAAACUCCGACCAAGCGUAGUUUUCGAUAAAUUGGAAAAAGAAAUAUUGGAGGGCCGAAUGGCCGGGCCGUUCAUUAGUCCACCGUUUAAAAAUCUUCGAAUUUCUCCCAUAGGCUUGGUACCGAAGUCUGAUGGCGGUUGGCGCCUUAUCACUCAUUUAAGCUAUCCACGGGCUGGCGGUAGUGUUAAUGACGGCAUAGUUAGUCAAUUAAAAUCAGUAUCGUACACAAAAUUUGACACAGUGGCAGACAUGAUAUUUAAAUUGGGAAGAUCAACGUUAAUGGCAAAGCGUGAUAUAAAAUCUGCAUUCCGGCUACUUCCAAUAUCACCUAAAGACUUCGAAUUAUUAGGCAUUAAAUUUGAUGGCAAAAUUUAUGUAAACUUAAAUUUACCUUUUGGCGCCAGUUGUGCACCAUAUUAUUUCGAGGCAUUUUCGACCUUUAUCCAUUGGCUGGUAAAAGACAUUUCAAAAAUUCCAUCACUUGAUCAUUAUCUGGACGAUUUCAUAUUUUGCGGGGCACAUGGAACUGGCAACUGCCAACAUUUACUUUCCACUUUCCAUCAAGUAUGUGUACAGUUGGGUGUACCAAUUAACGAUGUCAAAAGCACGGACCCUUCCACUGUAAUAGUUUUUUUGGGUUUGGAAAUUGAUUCUUCACAAAUGCUUAUUAGAAUACCCCGUCACAAAAUCGCAGAGUUGAAGUCCCUAAUUUUGCUCUAUAUAACUAGGAAGAAAAUAACGUUGCGAGACCUUCAGUCACUCGCUGCGGGGGUAGAGCCGACCUUGGCGGCGGCUGUUACUUAA